GCAGCCUGCUUGUAUUUCUGGCCAGACAGUCAUGUUAUAGUUAAAUGUUAAUUUUACAGUCAACCUCUCCGUCACGCACGCGCACUCACGCACGCGGUAAGCCCAGGCUUCAUAAACAAGCCGCUGCCACUUAGUUGCUCAGUGUUUCCACAUCAGUGCAGCGGCGCAGAGAAGAUGGCACUGGCCGACACGGAGCGCGGAGUGUCCAACUGCGGAGACUCCCCUUUCUCAGAGAUUAUCGAGCUGAAUGUCGGAGGACAAGUUUAUGUCACCAGACACAAAACUCUCGUCGCCGUCCCAGACUCGCUGCUGUGGACCAUGUUCAGCAAGAAGUCGCCAAAGGAGUUGGCGAGAGACAGCAAAGGGCGCUUCUUCUUGGAUAGGGACGGGUUCCUGUUCCGCUACAUCCUAGAUUAUCUCCGCGACCUGAACUUGGUGCUCCCGGAUUACUUCCCGGAAAAAAGUCGUCUGCAGAGGGAGGCGGACUUUUUCCAGCUGCGGGACCUCGCCAAACGCCUCAGCCCGCGGGUGAGUAAGGACAACUCCAUCAGCGAGGAGAUCAGCCAGAGCGACACGGAGGAGGGUGCGCAGCAGUGCGGCUCAUCCAGCACCAUGGAGACUUUACGCGCCAUGUCGGUGAGCGGGGCCAUGCGCUCCCCGUCUCUGGACUCCAGAAAGUCGGGCUAUAUCACGAUAGGAUACCGCGGCUCGUACACCAUCGGCAGAGACAUCCAAACGGAUGCAAAGUUCAGGAGAGUGGCGCGCAUCACGGUGUGCGGAAAGACGUCUCUGGCUAAAGAAGUGUUUGGGGACACGCUGAAUGAGAGCAGAGACCCGGACAGGCCCCCGGAGAGAUACACAUCCCGGUACUAUCUCAAGUAUAAUUUUCUAGAGCAGGCGUUUGACAAGCUGACAGAGGUGGGCUUCCACAUGGUGGCCUGCAGCUCCACUGGCACCUGCGCCUACACCAGUAAUGAUCCAAACGAGGACAAAAUCUGGACAAGCUACACUGAAUAUGUCUUCUGCCGGGAUUAACAGCAACAGCAAACAAGAAGUCGAGCUCAUGUAAAUAGACAUUUCAUACUAUAGAUGGGAAUGUCUUUAAAUAGUGUUGCAUUUGCUGUGUUGAAUGGUAACAUUUGUCAAGGGCGACUGCAAAAUAUUGUUCCAUUAUUCUGAGAACAGCCAGUAUUACCACUUCUGUGAUUUAACCACAAAAUGCGAGUACAUACAGAACUGUGCAAAAGUCUGAGGUUGUUUUAGCAAGGUUAUAGUCCAUGGUGGAGGAAGAGUCCAAUUCCAAGUACUAAUACCACACUGUGAGAAUACUCUGUUAAAGGUAAAAGUCCUGCAUUAACGUUACUUGAAAAGUAAGUGCCCUUUUCAGAAAAAUCUGAGCAAUUAAAACUAUUAAAAAAGAAA